AUGAAUCGCGAACAAACUGAAAAGUUUAGAGAUAAACAAUUAAUCCAAAAGUAUAAUUUGAUUCAUUUACUUCCGACACUGAAUGUGCCCGAACUCUCCGGUCUAUACCUAAAGAGCUUUCUCAAUGCUACUAAGCGGUAUCAACUGCAACUUCCGCCUCUUAUCAAUGAUUCAAGCUCCAAAUUUUGUGGUUCAUGCGGUGCAGUACGGAUUCCAAGAUUUAAUGUUGAAAUGUCUACUGUUGAGCACAAUAAAACGACUGCAGAUGAACCCCCCAGGGUACUACAAUACAAGUGUCUCAAUUGCAGUUAUACAGAAACCUUCCCAUUGGAAUCGCAGAGUCGAAACCAAAUCAAGUUACAGAAUAAAGAUCAGGGAUUUGUUGCGACUUGGCCGCAGGAAAAACAACAAGAGAAGGUUACCAACAAGGUAGAGAAGAAGACAAGUGCCAAGGAUAGGGCAAAGAAAAGAAAAUUGAACUCUUUAUCCAAUCUCCUCUCGAAGAAGAAUGAAGAGAAGAAAAAACAAAACUCGCCCUCGUUAAGCUUGGAGAGUUUUAUGCAGCAGGGUUAA